UGCUGGGAGAUGUAGUCUAGGACAACGAGUCUAACGCGAGUACAGGACGGGGCCUUCCUUUUCCGCACUCUGUUCCCCAAAAUGCAUUGCGGAGGAUUCCUGUGCGCGUGGGACUCCCGGGGCACUUGUCCAGCAGCUCCAGGCAGAGCCGGUCUGGGAUCCUCCCGGCUUCUUUCUCUUCCAGCUCAGCCCAGUGAAGACCCUGCUCUUCCCCAGCGGCGGAUGGAGGCCGAGGAGGGCCCGACUUCUGCCUUCCUGAUGACCCGCUUUCAGGAGCCAGUGACCUUCCGGGAUGUGGCCGUGGACUUCACCUGGGAGGAGUGGAGGGUCCUGGAGCCGGCCCAGAGGGCCCUGCACAGGGACGUGAUGCUGGAGACCUUCCAGAACCUGGUCUCUGUGGGGAUUCCUGUUUCCAGACUGGAUGUGAUCUCCCUGUUGGGAGGAGGAUCCUGGAGUCCCCAGAGCCGAGACUCCAUUGGGACUCAUCAAGAUUCCCUUAGCAACAAAAUCAGAUUUAAAAUAAAGAGCUCAAGUCUGAAUCAGAACAUUUCUGAAGCAUCAUCCAAGAAGAUACUUCCAAAGGGCACAGCCAGGCACUGCAAGAUGGAGAAAUCCGGAGAAUAUGAUAGUGAUUUAAAAAAACCCAAGGGCAUCCUGGAGAGGCGACCCAGACAAAUAACAGUUACUCCCAGAACAACUUUUAAUCAAGGAAAUGGAUCUCAGAGCAAUCUAUCUGGGAAAAGAUUUAGUUUUGAACCAGUGUUUUCACUAUGGAGAGAAACAAUGGGAAAAAGUGUCUAUAAAUAUAAGACACUUAGAAAGGGCAUCAAAGAUUUUCCUAGUCUACUUUCUUACAAUUCAUUUUCCUUAGAGAAGAAUUUUUCUAAGGAUAUGAAAUGUAAGAAGCCCUCUAGAUACCACUCAGACCUAAUUAAAUUUCAAAGAAAACAUGCUGGUGAGAAGCCAUAUAAACACAAGAAAUGUGGCAAUGCUGUUGGCACAAGGGUGAAUUUUGAUGACUGUCAAAACAGAGGCAAACAUGAGUGUAAGCAAUAUGAGAAAGCCUUCAAUUAUAAGGACAGCUUGACUAAACCUAAGAGAAUUCGUAGUAGAGAGAAACUUUUUGAAUGUAGUGAAUGUGGAAAAGACUUUAGCCGGAAGGAAGGACUUAUGAAUCAUCAGAGAACUCAUACUGGAGAGAAACCUUUUGAAUGUAAUGAAUGUGGGAAAGCUUUUACACAAAAGGGAAGCCUGAUUACCCAUCAGAGGAUUCAUACUGGAAAGAAACCAUUUGCCUGUAAUGAAUGUGGGAAGGCCUUUAGUGCGAAGGGAAACCUUAUUUCACAUCACAGAAUUCAUACUGGAGAAAAACCCUUUACAUGUAAUGUUUGUGGGAAAGCCUUCAGUGAGCGGGGAAGCCUCAAUAGACAUCAAAGAACUCAUACUGGAGAAAAACCCUUUACAUGUAAUGAUUGUGGGAAAUCCUUCACUGAGCGGGGAAGCCUCAAUAAACAUCAAAGAAUUCAUACUGGAGAAAAAACCUUUGUGUGUGAUCAAUGUGGCAAAGCAUUUAGCCUAAAAGCCAGCCUUAUGAUCCAUCAGAGUACUCAUACUGGAGAGAAACGUUUUCCAUGUGGUAAUUGUGGGAAGGCUUUCAGGCAGAAGAGUAACCUUAAUACACAUCAGAGAAAUCAUACUAGGGAUAAACUCUUUGUUUGUAAAGAAUGUGGGAAAACCUUCGGUGAGAGAGGGCACUUUAUUACACAUCAAAGAACUCAUACUGGAGAAAAACCCUUUCCCUGUAAUGACUGUGGGAAAGCUUUCAGUGAGAAAGGAACCCUUACUAGACAUCAGAGAACUCAUACUGGAGAGAAACCCUUUGCCUGUAAUGAUUGUGGAAAGGCUUUUAGUGCGAGGGGAAACCUUAUUACACAUCAGAGAAGUCAUACUGGAGAGAAACCCUUUUCAUGUAGUGAAUGUGGAAAAGCUUUUACCCAAAGAACCAGUCUUAGAACCCAUCAGAAAUCUCAUACUGAAGACAAACCUUUUCCAUGUAAUGAUUAUGGGAAAGCUUUCCAGCGGAGGGGAAACCUUACUAUACAUCAGAGAAGUCAUACUAGAGAUAAACCCUUUGUAAUGAAUGUGGGAAAGCCUUCUGUGUGAGAGGAUACUUUAUCACCCAUCAGAGAACUCAUAGUGUAGAAAAACCCUUUGAAUCUAAUGACUGGGAAAGCUUUCAGUGAGAAGGGAAGUCUAAAUAGACAUCAGAGAACUCACACUGGAUAGAAACCCUUUGCAUUUAAUGAAUAUGGAAAGGCCUUCAAUGGGAGGGCAAACCUUGUUAGGCAUCAGAGAAGUCAUACUGGAGGGAAACCAUUUGCAUCUAAUGAAUGUGACAGCUUUCAGUAGGAGAGCAAACCUUAUUGCCCAUCAGAGAAUUCAUACUGUUGAACAACCCAUUGAGCAUAGAGAACAUGGGAAAGCUUUCAUUAAGAGGGAAAUGUCCCCAAAUUGCCAGAGAAUUAAAACUGUACAGAAGUCUUUUGCUUGCAAUGAAUGUAAGAAAGCUUUCAGAGAAAGGACGCAUUUUAUUAACCAUCAAAAAAUUCAUAUGGAGCAUGAAGAAUUUUAAUUAUAAUAAAUGCAAAGAAUAGUUUUUAGUGGGUUCUUUGUUAAGUAUCCAUUUCACUCAGAUUAUCAGAUUUAUUGACACACAAUUGGGCAAAAUAGCUCCUAAUUAUU